AUGUCUCAGACUGUGGUCCUCAAAGUUGGUAUGUCAUGCCAAGGCUGCGUUGGUGCCGUUAAUAGAGUCUUGGGAAAAAUGGAAGGGGUUGAGUCAUUUGACAUUGAUAUAAAGGAGCAAAAGGUAACAGUGAAAGGUAAUGUCGAGCCUGAAGCAGUUUUUCAAACAGUUUCAAAAACUGGAAAGAAGACUUCUUACUGGCCUGUGGAGGCUGAGGCUGAGCCUAAAUCUGAGGCCGAGCCUAAGGCUGAGGCCGAGUCUAAGGCUGAGGCCGUCACCGAGACUAAAACCGAGGCGGAGACUAAGAAUGAGGCUAAGGUUGACGCAAAGCCUGAUGAUGAACCAAAACUCGCAGAAGCUGAGACUAAGCCAUCACAAGUUUAAGUACUAAAGAUUACAGUGAGGCUUCUUAUCUGUAUUUGCAAUGCUUAUAGUCUUUGAGUCAUGUGUUGUAAGAACUAAGAAAUUUAUGCUUUAUCGAUGUACCUAAUACUUUCUACUUUUGAUAACAAGAUGUUGGACCCAUGUUGUUCC